GGGCAGCCUGUACUGGAACAUCAAGUGUCAGCAGCAGCAGCAUCCUUGUCUGACAUGCGGUAUGGAGGAAUGUGGUCUGUGCAGGUUUUGAUACAAAAGGGAGUGUCAGCCACUAAGACUAAUAGGGAGAAGCAGAGGCAGUGUUCACACUUGCUGUUCUGCAAACCAGAUCAGACCUUGACAGACGUACAGCCAACAAUAUCGCAGGGAGGAAAAAAAUUGCACGCCGCAUUGUCCAAAGCAAGUUGCACCAUGGCAGAGAAACAAAAAAUCCAGCUUUUUGUCAAGGCCAGCGAUGACGGUGAAAGUAUUGGGAACUGUCCAUUCAGCCAAAGGCUAUUCAUGAUCCUCAUGCACAAAGGAUGCCCCUUUACCUUGACCACAGUGGACAUGAAGAGGGCACCGGAAGUCCUGAAAGACUUGGCCCCGGGGUCACAGCCACCGUUUCUUCUUUAUGAGAAUGAGGUCAAAACAGACACCAAUAAAAUUGAAGAGUUUCUGGAGGAGAACUUAGUGCCCCCAAGUUAUCCCAGUAUGACACCCAAAUACAAGGAAUCCACCUCAGCUGGGAAUGACGUUUUCCAUAAAUUCUCAGCCUACAUCAAGAAUCAAGUACCAGCCUUAGAAGACAAUCUGCAAAAGAAUUUGCUGCGCUCAUUCCUAGUCAUAGACCGUUACCUAAACACUCCACUGCAACAUGAGCUGGCCAAGGACCCCAAAAUGACCGAAUCCAAGAGGAAGUUCCUGGAUGGAGAUGAAUUGACACUACCAGACUGUAACCUUCUGCCCAAACUGAACAUCAUCAAUACUGUUUGCAGACACUAUCGCCGUUUCGAGAUCCCCAGUGAACUGAAAGGUUUAUCACGCUACCUGAACAAUGUAGCACAGCUAAAAACCUUCACUUACACCUGUCCUAACAAAGAUGAGAUUAUACUCUUUUAUCGGCCUGUGGUCAAACCAAUGCCACGCUGACGGCCUUCUAUCCAAAGGUUUGAACUCUUCACCGCUGCAUCCAGUAUGCACGUGCAGGAGUACCAUCACCGUCCCUUUGGCUACAAAGACUUUUGUGUUGCAAGAGCGCCCUCUACAGCUUUCAAUAUGCAAUGUCAAACAAGGGUAUAUAAAACACUGAACUGACCAGCCAAGCAAUGUUAAUUCCAAUGCCUUCCAUGGAGAUAAUACAA